AUUUUCAUGAUUUUGCAUUUACUUCAACUUUAAUCCAAUAUGUACCCUAACUGGAGUAAUGUACAAGGAGGAUAUGGACUUUAUGGACAAAUGGAUCCAAACUACCAGCAGCAGUUGUUACAAUGGCAGCAGAUGAAUCAAGUAGGGGGACAACAAUGGGGGAUGUAUGGUCAGUCCGCACAGCCGCCUCUGCCAGCCGGUGGUGACACAAAGCCCCCACCACCCGAGCCCCCAGCCGACGAAAAACCUCCACUCCCUCCGGAUCCACCACCUGAUGGGGGAGAAACUAAGGAGAAAGAAAUGAAGCCCAUGUCUGAUGCAGAAAAACAGAAACUGACUCAACUGCAGCAACAAGCAGCACAAUGGCAACAGCAACAAACUUGGACACAGCAACACAGGGCAGGACAGGGAUGGGGUCAACAACAGGGAGGUAUGCAGCAACAGGGUGGCAUGUAUCAACAUGGAGGCAUGCAGCAGCAUGGUGGCAUGCAACAACAAGGUGGCAUGCAACAACAUGGAGGCAUGCAGCAACAGGGUGGCAUGCAACAAGGUGGCAUGCAGCAGCAAGGAGGCAUGCAACAAGGUGGCAUGCAGCAGCAAGGAGGCAUGCAACAACAAGGUGGCAUGCAGCAGCAGGGAAGCAUGCAACAACAAGGUGGCAUGCAACAACAAGGUGGCUUGCAGCAACAUGGAGGCAUGCAGCAACAGAUGUCUGGAGCCUCAGGAAAUCUUCAACAAAGGAUAGAAGCUGUUUCACAAGAGGAGAGAGAUUUUGAUGUGCAAUACCAGCAGUGGAAGAAACAGUAUGAUGACUGGAGGGAACAAAAUCAGAAUCAUCCAAACAAAGAUCAAUUUCAUCAAUAUGAACAACAGUGGAUGUCAUACCAAAAACAAAUGGAUGAUAAAAGGGCAGACAUUCAGAGACGAAAGCAAAUGCUAUAUCAGGAACAGAGCCAGACAGGUGCUCCUCAGAGCCAGGCAGGUGCCCCUCAGAAUAAGGCAGGUGCCCCUCAAAGUCAGUUUGGAGGCCCUAGAGGUCCAGGUCCUCGGGGAGGAAUGAACCAGAUGUCAGGACCUAGAGGUGCCCAGAUGAAUAGAGGAGGUCGACAAGAUUUCCGUCCAAGAGGCCCUCAGAAUCAGAUGAAUCAAUUCAGGCCCCAAAUGAAUCAAAAUCAAGGACCCAGAGGUAACUUCAAUAACAACUUUCAAGGAAUGAAUCAGGAGGAGGAUUAUGAGGAGAAAGGAAUGGAUCUGGAUGAGGAUGAAGAUUAUGAAGAGGAGGGGAGCCAGUUGAUGAACCAGAUGAAUCAGUAUGCACCUCGAGGACCACAUGCUGCAGGCCCUCGUGGGCCUCGACCAAUGGGAGGAAAUGAUAGAUUUGGUGGAGGUCAGGAACAACAGAAUUUUGGUCGAGGAAUGGCAAGAGGUCAGAGACCUCCAAGAGGUCGUGGUGGAAGAGGUAACCAGCGAGGUGGAAGGGGAGGAGGUCCUGUCCCUCUGAUGAGUAUGGAUUUCACAAACCAGGACCAGGAGGAGGGAUUUGAUGGAGGGCAAGAUGAGACAGGAGAGGAGCAGUAUGGCAAUUCUUUUGAGAGAAAUCCAAAUAAUGUUCCCAUUGGACAAGGCAGGGGUGGACCUAGGUUUGGGUUUAAUCGUGGACAAGGAGAUGCAAGGUUCAGAUUCCAGAGAAAUGAUCCAAAUCAACAGAACCUCCAGCAAGGCUUCAACAACCCAAAUCAGAAUCAGAGGUUUGGUGGGAGGAACAUGCAGAAUCAAGGACCAAGGUUUGGAUUUCCUGGAAAUCAACAGAGCCAGCAGAGGGAGGGAUGGACAACACAGCAGGAGGAGGCUAAAAGUCGACAGCAGCCCUGGCUUCAGAAACAUCUACAGGGAAGGGGAGGAAACCAGUCCACUGAAGAUAUGUCACAAGAACUGAAGCAGGAAAUACAGGAAGGAUCAAAUAGUCAGACUGAAAUCUCCAAGAGUGGAGCAACAAAUAUAUCUAGUGAAAUAGAAAAGCUGAGAAAACAGCAAGAAACUCUCAAUGAACUUAAAAAGUUAGAACAGAAAGCAAGUGAUUCUGGUGAAAAGAAAGAUCAAGAAAAAACUCCAGUCAAAUUAGAUUCAGAUACUUCAAAGAAGGAUCCAGGUUCCCCACUGAAAAAGCCAGGUCAAAAUAAUGACCCUAAACUACAAGCUGUGGAUAAUAAAGCAAGUCAGCAGCAAAAAUCUGAUGAAAGUUUGAAAAAACAAGGUCAGCUGCUUGCUGAACAAGAGCAGAAAGGCCCAGGAUCACAACCUCAGGCUUCUGGUCAAUCAGCUCCAAGGAUACCAGGUCUUAAUCAACAGGGGCCUAGAGGACCAGGGCCAAAUCAAGGGCCAAGAGCACCUGGACCAAACCAGUUUGGACCCAGGGGACCAGGACCUAAUCAAGGACCUAGACCAUCUGGGGCAGGGCCUAAUCAAGGACAAGGUCAAAGACCCCCAUUUCCACCUCAGAAUGAACCUCGAAGUGUUGCUCCAAAUGACAAAGGUCCAAAUCAUAUUGGUCCAAGAGGGCCUGGGCCAAACCAGCAAGGACUGAGAGCAUCUGCACCAAAUCAGCAGGGUCCAAGAGGCCCUGGACCAAAUCAGCAUGGGCCUAGACCAUCUGGGCCGAAUCAGCAGGGUCCAAGAGGCCCUGGACAAAACCAGCAAGGGCCUAGACCAUCUGGGCCAAAUCAGCAGGGUCCAAGAGGCCCUGGACCAAACCAGCAAGGGCCUAGACCAUCUGGGCCAAAUCAGCAGGGUCCAAGAGGCCCUGGGCCAAGCCAGCAAGGACCUGGAGUAUCUGGGCCAAAUCAGCAGGGCCCAAGAGGCCCUGGGCCAAACCAGCAAGGACCUGGAAUAUCUGGGCCAAAUCAGCAGGGCCCAAGAGGCCCUGGGCCAAACCAGCAAGGACCUAGACCAUCUGGGCCAAAUCAGCAGGGUCCAAGAGGCCCUGGGCCAAACCAGCAAGGACCUAGACCAUCUGGUCCAAAUCAGCAGGGUCCAAGAGGCCCUGGGCCAAACCAGCAAGGUCCUAGAGGCCCAGGUCCCAACCAACAAGGUCCAAGGGGCCCAGAUCCAAAUCAACAGGGACCAAGAGCCCCAGGUCCUAGAGGGCCAGGUCCAAACCAGUUAGAGCCAAAACAGUUUUCAGAUGCUUCCAAUGAACCUCAAAAUAUGCCACAAGAGGAGGAACAUCCUCAAGUUGAAGGUUUUGAGGAUGGGGAGGAUGUAUGGCAGGCUCCAUGGGGUCCUAACUGGAGGGGCCGUGGUCGAGGUGCCAGGAGACCAUUCAGAGGGAGGGGAGGAAUGAGUCAGAGGGAGCCAUACUCUGCAAAUCAGGAUGAAGCCGCACCUGAGUACUCCGACCCCUAUGGACAUGACCAGAGACAGAGAGAGGGUUUCUAUGACAGAGAACGGGAGGCUUUCAGAGGGGAACCAGCAGAUGAGUAUGGCCGGUUUGAAAGAAGAGACACCUAUGGAGGCCCACCUGACCCUUAUUAUGAACGAAGGGACCCAUACUAUGAUAGAUAUGACCCAUACUACAGGAGAUAUGAUCCUUACGGAAGACCCCCACCCCCACCUGAUCCUUAUGAAAGGAGGCCUUACUAUGAUCCAUACAGUCGACCGGAUUAUGGACGAGAUUACUAUGAUACCUACAGACCCCCACCCCCUACAGAGGAUCGACCAUACCAGAAACCCGAGGUCAUUGAUCAUGCUCACAAAUCAUCAGGGGAUUUCCUCUCCAGGGAGCCAGAGACCCCCUAUGUUGCCCCACAAACUGUCAUAGAUUACGGUCAUGGUAGGACUGUGGAGGAAAAAGAGAGACCUUCUUCUGCAAUAGAUAGGGACAGAGACAGAUUCAGAGACUAUGGAUCAUAUGGAAGUCCGAGUCGAGAUAGAAAUGUUCACGAGCCAAGAAUUGAGGUGGUGAAGGUGGAGGAUCUCUUGGCUCAGCCUGGACGUAAGACGCGACCACCUCAGAUCGUGGUCAUUUUGAGAGGUCUACCAGGCUCAGGAAAAACCUAUGUGGGAAAACUCAUAAAGGAUAAGGAGGUGCAGCAUGGAGGUGGGGCCCCUAGGAUGUUAUGUCUGGAUGAUUACUUCAUGACAGAGGUGGAAAAAACAGAAAAAGAUCCAGAGACUGGCAAAAAAGUCAAGAAAAAGGUGCUUGAAUAUGAGUAUGAACCUGAGCUAGAGGAAACUUACAGACAGAACAUGUUCAAAAGCUUUAAAAAGACGAUAGACGACGGAUUCUUCCCAUUCAUUAUAGUGGACUCUGUCAACCAGAAAGUCAAGCACUUCGAGGAGUUCUGGAGUUAUGCUAAAUCUAAAGGAUUCCAGGUGUACAUUGCUGAAAUUGAGGCUGACUUGACAGCAUGCUCAAAGCGUAACACACAUAAUAGGUCACUCAAAGAGAUUGAAAAGAUACAAAAACAGUGGGAAGAAACCCCUAGGCAUUAUUUACGUCUGGACGUCCGGACCGUGCUACAGGAGGACUCCAUAACAGAGGUGGAAAUGGAGGAUGAGGAUGAUGAUACCAAACCAUCAGAAAAACGCCGUAAAACGGACAGCGAUGAUGAGGAAGAGAUCAAAAUAGGCGGGGUUCAUAUUAAGAAAAGCAAAUGGGAAGUUGGUACAGAAGAAGAACUAGACAAAUUGGAUGGUAUUGUACAAAAGAAGAAAAGAAGACCACCAACCCCUGUGUCUAUUGAUGAAUUCUUAGGAGAGUAUUACUCUAAGCCUCUGGCUCCUGGACAAAAAAGGGUGCGCUGGGCAGAUGUGGAGGAAAGGAAAGAACAGCUCCGUCGCCGUGAAAUCGGCUUCGUGGUCGGCCAGACCCAGAGAGACUGGGAGAGAAUUACAGAUGAUACGUUUGCCGAUAGGCAACUCAAUAGAACCAAAUAUAUUUAGAUUAAUAAAAUCUAUUGAAAAGGGGUGUGCAACAGAUACAGAUUUUUCUAAAAUUGCUGAUUUCGGAAGUGUUUUUUUAUUGCGAUUAUAUAGUGUCUCCUGAAGAAUGCAGAAAACAGAGUGAAAGGAAGAUGGCCUAAAAGGAAUGUGUUUGAGCUGUAACCGGUUUUAUGAAAACGAGACAAGUUUUAAAAUUGUAUUUGUUCAUCAUUAUUGUGUUUUGUGUUAAGAGUAUAUAUGUCAAACUCAAUUCAUUUUAUCUUAACAUAUAGAAAUCAUGUGGAUUUUAAAAUCUGUGUCCUUGGUUUGUAUGAUUAUUGUGACUUGUAUUAAUUUUC